GUAGCUAAUUUUCUUUUUACAUGUGUAGAGGCCGGAAUCAUGGUGUAUGUAUCUUGAGAUAUAUGGCUUCUAAAGGGUACAAGUCUAAGCCGGACCAUGAAAUACGUGUCCGACGUCAAAAGGCUGAGCAAGUAUCCAUGAUGUUAGCAUAGCAGUAUGCAUAGAAUGUGAAUGGAUUGGUCUGCUGAACCUAGGACAAUCUAAGCAUUGUGGUUGGUGGGUGAUAGUCCAAACCCUGGCAGUGGUUUUUCAGCCAUGUAAUUUGAAAUUUUCUUGGUUGCUAAAAUGUGCCUAUUUUAAAGGCAUUCCAGUUCCAGCUGCAAAUGGCACACAGGCACUACAGUGAAAUCUAGUGGGUGGAAUACACUAUUGUGCAACAGUACAUUGAUGAGAUUCCAUGUAAAUCUGUCAUGUGCAGAAGAUGUUUUCAAGUCUUUAUUUCUUAAGGGGGUAUCUUAAUUUAAAGUUCACACCAGGGAAUCAAGUAUACUUUUAACUAUAUCAAUUUACGCCAGAAGGUCUUAUCUAGAAUGGAGGCUGUUCAUAAUUAUGUUUGGACUGAACCCUUGGAAGUAUCAGCAGUCGAUGUGAAAGAGUUAAUAAGUAGAGCAAUUAGCUGCUGCUGUGUUGUCUAUCAAUGUAUGGAUGCCUUUUUGUUUUAAAGCAAACUGGAUGCCGUCCUAGAAGAUGCCAAAUGCUCUCAUUAUUGGAGAAUGACAAAGAUAACUGUGAAACAUAGUAUAUUACUGUUCAGGGUCUUGAAGCACCUAAAGAACCUCGACGACCUAAAACACACUGGGAUCAUGUUCUGGAAGAGAUGGUCUGGUUGUCAAAGGACUUUGAAUCAGAGAGAAAGUGGAAGUUGGCUCAGGCAAAGAAGGUUGCUAUACGAGCUAGCAAGGGAAUGCUUGAUCAGGCGACACGGGGAGAAAAGAGAGUUAAGGAAGAAGAGCAACGUUUGCGAAAAGUUGCACUCAAUAUCUCAAAGGACAUCAAAAAAUUUUGGUUAAAAAUAGAGAAGCUGGUUCUUUACAAGCAUCAGUUGGAGUUGGAUGAGAAGAAGAAGAAAGCACUUGACAAGCAGCUAGAGUUCCUUCUUGGACAAACAGAAAGGUACUCAACAAUGCUCGCAGAGAACCUUGUAAGUUCACCAACUACUAGCAAACGAACCAAUUCUUUGUCUGCACCAGAAGCCUUGAGAAUUCAAUUAAAAGAAGGGAGUGAAGGGGAUGUAAAGAAUCGUGCAGGAGAAAAUCUUCAAUCUCAUUCGACUGGUAGUGAUAUUGAUGAUGAUUUUGACGUGCAGUCUGAAGACGAAAUGGAAGAUGACGAGCAUACCAUUGAAGAAGAUGAGGCUGUUAUAACUAAAGAAGAAAGGGAAGAAGAGUUAGCUGCUUUACAAAAUGAAAUGGAUCUACCUCUUGAGGAGCUUCUUAAGCAUUAUGCAGUUGGGGAAGCUAGCAGAGAUUGUAGCCCAGAGAAGAGUGGUGCAGAUGUUACGGUCAGUUCUGGCGAGGACAGUGAUAAAUGUAGAGAUGAUGAUGUUGCUAUUGAGACCAACGGGGGCUGCUCACCUGCCAUUUCUGGUCGUCGUUCUGUUGAAAGUAAUGGCGUCUUAUCAGUACCAAAUAACCAGUAUCCUGACCUAGGACAAAACAAGCUAAAAAUUCCUCCAAAGAAGUAUCAAGAGUUAGACAAAGUUAAUUUGUUAGGUGUCUUUAAUGAUGAACAGGAUGAUGAUGAUUAUGUCCUUGCUCUUGGUGAAAAUAAAGAAUGCAAUAUGGAUGAUGAAACAACUUUGUUAGAGGAGGAAGAAUUGGCAAAGGCAGAGCCGAAUGAUGCUGCAGAUGAGAUUGCACUGUUGCAAAAGGAGAGCGAACUUCCUUUAGAUGAGCUCCUUGCUAGGUAUAAAGAGGAUUAUGAUAGUGAUGAAAAUGUGGGGGAUGAUUCUGAAUCAUAUGCGUCUGCUUCAACAGCACAGAAUGUAUCUGAACUGAGUCAAGUAAAUGAUGGACUGAGUGAUGUACUGCCCACUACAGUCGCUGAGACAGAAGAAAGGGAAGUUGAAAGCAUGGAUAAAACAGGGGAAGAAAGGCAGAGUGAGAAUUUUUCAGAAUCACCAGCAAAAAAUGAAUCUGAACCCAAUCAAGUAAAUGAUGGACCGAACGAUUUACUGCCCACUACAGUCACCGAGACUGAAGAAAAGGAAGUUCGAAGCAUGGAUAAAACAGUGGAAGAAAGGCAGGGGGAGGAUUUUUCAGAAUCGCCAGCAAAAAAUGAAUCUGAACCCAGUCAAGUAAAUGAUGGACCGAGCGAUGUACUGCCCGCUACGGUCACUGAGACAGAAGAAAAGGAAGUUGGAAGCAUGGAUAAAACAGGGGAAGAAAGGCAAAGUGAUGAUAUAAUUGCUGAUGCAGCAGCUGCUGCCAGAUCAGCACAACCAACAGGUAACACCUUCUCAACAACCAAAGUGCGGACUAAGUUCCCCUUCCUUCUAAAAUUUCCCCUUCGUGAGUAUCAACAUAUUGGUUUGGACUGGCUUGUAACCAUGUAUGAGAAGAAACUUAAUGGGAUCCUAGCAGAUGAAAUGGGUUUGGGGAAGACUAUCAUGACAAUUGCUCUUCUUGCUCACCUAGCAUGUGAAAAAGGAAUAUGGGGCCCUCAUCUUAUUGUUGUCCCAACUAGUGUCAUGCUAAACUGGGAGACUGAGUUUCUUAGAUGGUGUCCUGCUUUCAAAAUUUUGACAUAUUUUGGCAGUGCAAAAGAGCGAAAGAUUAAAAGGCAAGGUUGGUUGAAGCCAAACUCGUUUCAUAUAUGUAUCACAACUUACAGACUUGUUAUACAGGACUCCAAAGUUUUCAAGCGUAAGAAGUGGAAGUACUUGAUUUUAGAUGAAGCUCAUCUAAUAAAGAAUUGGAAAUCGCAAAGAUGGCAAACACUUCUCAAUUUUAACUCAAAACGGCGUAUUCUUUUGACUGGUACACCAUUGCAGAAUGAUCUCAUGGAGCUGUGGUCUCUAAUGCAUUUCUUGAUGCCUCAUAUUUUUCAAUCUCACCAGGAAUUCAAAGAUUGGUUCUGUAAUCCUAUAUCUGGAAUGGUUGAGGGACAAGAAAAGGUUAAUAAGGAAGUUGUUGAUCGCUUGCAUAAUGUCCUUCGUCCCUUUAUUCUCCGCCGGUUGAAGAGGGAUGUGGAGAAGCAGCUUCCUUCAAAACAUGAGCACGUCAUUUAUUGUAAGCUAUCAAGGAGGCAGCGUAACUUGUAUGAAGACUUUAUUGCCAGUUCGGAGACACAAGCUACUCUUGCUAGUUCAAAUUUUUUUGCAAUGAUAAGUGUUAUAAUGCAACUUCGCAAAGUGUGCAAUCACCCUGAUUUAUUUGAAGGACGUCCAAUAGUGAGCUCCUUUGAUAUGAGUGGUAUUGAUAUGCACUUGAGCUCUUCCAUUUGCUCGAUUCUGUCACAUGGUAUCUUUUCAUCUAUCAACCUUGGGGCUUUGGGGCUGUUGUUUACACAUCUUGAUUUUUCAAUGACCUCUUGGGAGAGUCAUGAUGUUCAAUCCAUUGCUACCCCUUCAAGCUUGAUUGAGGGUCGUGUGACUCAAAUUCAUGGUGAAGAAACUUCACUAGUACUUAAACGGAAUAAGAAGUUUCAUGGGACAAACAUAUUUGAAGAGAUCCAAAAGGCACUCGUCGAGGAGAGGCUAAGAGAAGCAAAGGAGAGAGCGGCAUCUGUUGCAUGGUGGAAUUCCAUCAAGUGUAAGCGGAAACCUGUAUAUUCAACAAGUCUUCGGGAGAUUGUUACUGUGAAACAUCCUGUUCACGGUAUUUACUGUCAGAAAAGUAAUCCCUUGUCAUACCUGUACUCCUCUAGGCUUGCAGACUUGAUACUGUCGCCAGUUGAGAGAUUCCAAAAAAUGGUUGAUCAGGUUGAGACUUUCAUGUUUGCAAUCCCUGCUGCACGUUCCCCAGCACCUGCUUGCUGGUGCAGUAAACCAGGUACUUCCGUAUUUUUUAGUCCAACCUUUAAGGAGAGAUCUUCUAAGGUUCUCUCUCCGCUUCUCACUCCUUUUCGCCCAGCCAUUGUUAGAAGGCAAGUCUACUUUCCAGAUAGGCGGCUCAUACAAUUUGACUGUGGAAAGCUGCAGGAGCUUGCAGGUUUGUUGAGGCGAUUAAAAUCAGGAGGUCACCGUGCACUAAUUUUCACCCAAAUGACAAAGAUGCUUGAUGUUUUAGAAGCUUUCAUUAAUUUGUAUGGUUACACUUACAUGCGUCUGGAUGGUUCUACUCUGCCCGAACAGAGACAAACUUUGAUGCAACGGUUCAACACAAAUCCAAAGAUUUUCCUUUUUAUUUUAUCAACCCGCAGUGGUGGAGUUGGCAUCAACUUGGUGGGGGCAGACACAGUCAUCUUUUAUGAUAGCGACUGGAAUCCAGCUAUGGAUCAACAAGCUCAAGAUCGCUGUCAUAGAAUAGGCCAGACCCGUGAAGUACAUAUUUAUCGAUUGAUAAGUGAGAGUACCAUUGAAGAGAAUAUUUUGAAAAAAGCAAACCAGAAGCGAGCUCUGGAUGAUUUGGUUAUACAGGGUGGAAGUUACAACACUGAAUUCUUCAAGAAACUGGAUCCAAUGGAAUUGUUCUCAGGCCACAGAACAGUUUCCUUAAAGAACAUUGAAGGAGAGAAGAAUAGCAAUGUUACUGAGGUUCAGCUCUCUAAUGCUGACGUGGAGGCUGCUCUGCAAAAUGUAGAAGAUGAGGCGGAUUACAUGGCUCUGAAGAAAGUUGAACAGGAAGAGGCAGUAGACAAUCAGGAGUUCACUGAAGAAGCAGUUGGUAGGUUGGAAGAAGAUGAACUUGGUAAUGAUGAUGAGAUGAAGGCUGAUGAGCCUGCUGAUCAUGAAGUCCCAGUUACAACAUCAGGCAAAGAACUUGUGGCUAUGUCAAAUGCUAGUAAUCCAUUAAAAGAACAAGCAAUUACUUUUGCUGGUAAAGAUGAUGACAUUGACAUGUUGGCCGAUGUCAAACAGAUGGCAGCAGCUGCUGCUGCUGCAGGACAAGCUAUCUUGUCUUUCGAGAGUCAGUUGCGUCCAAUUGAUCGAUAUGCUGUACGUUUUCUGGAGUUAUGGGACCCUAUCAUAGACAAGACAGCUAUUGAAUCACAAGGUCAUUUUGAAGAAACUGAAUGGGAAUUGGAUAGAAUUGAGAAAUUGAAGGAAGAUAUGGAAGCAGAGAUUGAUGAUGAUGAAGAACCUUUAGUUUACGAAAGAUGGGAUGCUGAUUUUGCGACUGAGGUAUACAGACAGCAGGUGGAGGCUUUGGCUCAACAUCAGUUGAUGGAGGAACUUGAAGCUGAAGCUAAAGAGAAGGAGCUUGCAGAAUAUGAGAACUCGAUGGGGCAUGCUACAGCUUCUGUUCCAAAAUCCAAGUCAAAGAAGAAGGCAAAGAAAACAAAGUUCAAAUCUUUGAAGAAAGGAGGUCUAGCUUCUGAACCUCAAGCUUUAAAGGACGGGUCUUCGAUAGAGUUGUUGCCCAUAGAUGAUGAUGUUCUAUCUAGUGAGCCAGUUACAACGCCUGAUUCUGCUCAAGAGAGAAAGCGUAGACUAGCAACGGGUGAUGAGGAUGUGAAGAGCUCGAAGAAGUCUAAAAAAUUGAAGAAGUCCUCUGAGGUAUCUUCGCUGGUAAUGCAUUCAACUUACCAUGGAAAGCGGCAGGUUGAAUCUAAAGGAUUGAAGCAGUAUGAUGGUGGCACCAUGGAUGCCGAACUCAGACCAAUAAGCAGAAGCAAGAUGGGAGGGAAAAUCUCAAUCAGUCCGAUGCCUGUAAAGCGAGUUCUUACUAUUAAAUCAGAAAAGCCGAUUAGGAAAGGUAAAACGUGGUAUAAAGAUUAUUUUCCAUCCGCUGAUUCAUGGUUGCCACAAGAGGACGCUGUACUUUGUGCUUCUGUUCAUGAGUAUGGUCCUCACUGGAGCUUGGUGAGUGAUAUCUUGUAUGGAAUGACUGCUGGCGGAGUUUAUAGAGGAAGAUAUCGUCACCCUAUUCUUUGUUGCGAAAGGUUUAGGGAACUUAUACAGAGAUAUGUGUUAUCUACGACAGACGGUGUAAAUGAUAGAUCCACUAAUGCUGGAUCGAUAAAAGGUCUUCUCAAAGUGACUGAGGAAAAUGUCCGUCUGGUGUUAGAUAUUGCAUCAGAGGUUCCAGAUCAUGAGCCUCUUGUUCAAAAGCAUUUCUUUGCCCUUCUUUCCUCUGUGUGGAAGAUGUCAUGCCGGAAAAGCCAGACAAAUGCGUUCUCAUCUUCCCAGAAUGGCUUCUAUCAUUCUGGAAGUUUGUUUACACUGUUUACACCAACUAUGAACCUUGGUUCCACGAAUUACGCAACAGGACCACUGGAAAAGAGAUUUUCUAAUUUAAGUAUAUGUGCCAAGUUAGUAGCAGCUGCUCUCUCUGACCAGCAGAGUGCACAAAGUGAUGAGAGAGUCUCCAUUUGUGACCAGAGAGAAGAAGCUUCUUUUCCUGCUGAGCAGUUGGAUGUUACACUGGAAUUUGGGGCAGAGAAAGAUAAUAAGAUAAUUCCCUUGCCAUCUCCUGUAACUGUCAAAAUACGUGGUCCUGAAACCCCAUUGCAUCCAGGAAUGAUGAUAGCUGAGCAUCAACAUUUCAAGUCUUCCCUGAAUGUGGCUGAAAACCGGUUCUGGGCUGCGUCAAGUACUGAAAGUUGUUUGGAUUGGGCUUCUCUUGCUUUUCCUGUUGGGGAUGCCAAGUCACGAACUCCAUUGACAUCACAAUUUUUGGGGAAGCACAAGCUCUCUGAUUCUGUGAAGGUCUCCAAAUCAAAGUCCAGAAAGAUUCCAACAGAAUCUAGUGAUGUUGGUCGGACCAAGGAUCUAGUAAUCCUGCCAAUGCCAUCUGCAUCUAAUGAUUCCUGUGCAAGAGCUGAUGUGGGAUUAUCGUUCCUCGCAGAAAGUGGACAUGAUUUUGAAGACAGGACCCUUUUUAACCUAAAUUCAGAAUUUAACUUGGGGAGUGAGGAUGUAUUCCAACAUGAAUAUGUUCCUGACUUCAUAUCGGGACUUGACGAUUGGUCAGUUUUUCCAGAUUUCACGGAUAUCGGGUAGAUACCAAAAUGUGAACUAUUAUAUCACCUGGGAGUGGUGGCAAUUUGCUCUAAUCUUGGAGGCAAGAGACCUCUCGGGCACCGAGGCUUGGGAUAAUGAAGGUGCUCUCGGGGGUUCGAUAAGGCAGGAAAGGUCUCUGUUUGUUGGAUGCCGAUGAUGAGACAAUUGGUUUGCUGUGGCAGCAGUUUACAUGCCUGGACAUUGAUGGUCAGAGGUACUUGGUGGACAUGAAAGACGUAGGAAAAUGUAAAAAUAGCAAUUGAUGUAAGUAGGGUGUAGGCUGCUUAAUUUUUUCAUUUAGUGGGAAAUUUGUGCUCGCAAAAUUUUGGAGGAUGCAGUCAAAUUCAUUUGUGUAGGCACACAAUUUCCCUCUUACCUUUCGGAAAAGUUAGCUGUUUAGUGAUCUAGUCAUUGAAAGGAAAGGUUAUUUCUACA